UUAGUAUCGUCUCCUGUAAGUUAUUCAAAUAGUUUUUAUAAAAGUACUUUAAGAAACCACGUGAAGAGUAUAAGUCAGUAUAUGUACCAUAACACAGAGGACAGUUUAUAAAUAGAGUGGAAACACUUGGUUUUCUAUGAAACUCAUAACUCCUUCAUUACCCAACAUGCAUUGUGUUUUGUGACUCUUGACCUCUGGAUAAAAACAAGCCGAUCAGCUGAUGUAAAAGCAACAACAUCUACAAGGUCUGAGACAAAACAACCCAGCCAGCUAACCUUCUCUAUAUGUGGCAGUCGGCGCUAUGGUGUUAGACAGUGUACGUGUCCGGUUUUAGACUGUGCUGAGGCAGCGGCUGAGUUAACAAGACAGUCGUCGUCCGUCGGACUAGUAGCCGCUGCUAGGUCAGUCGGUUGAAAUGAAGGUUGUUUGUUUCUUCAGAAGUGUAUCUCUUUGUGUACCUAAGGGCAGCUAGUGGCUGUUUUAUUUCUGAGUUUCACAGCGUGUUUCUAGGGCAUUAUGGCGAGCAUACAGAGCUACUUUUAAAUAGCAACUUGGCACCGUUAGCCGAGCUGCAACAUUACUGAAACCAACAGAAGAGAUGCAGCUAAUGUUAGCUAGCAACUGUUGUGCCAUAAAUACAUGAAGUAAUUACUAGUCUGGACAAGUGCAUUUGAAAUUUACCUGGGCUUGCUUUAUUACAGACUGAAUAUCCUCUUUGACAGUAAGCAGUAACUUUCUCCGAACAUUUCAGAGCACUUUUUAACAGUAUUAAAUACAGGUGAAUUGGCUUUUAGGACCGUCACAUCUGGUCAUAGAGAUUUGCUUAGACGUGCCAUAACCUUGUGUCUUCCACCUGCACUGCUUUUGCAGUCCUCGCCAGUCUUAAUAAUACUUUUAAAAUCAUAGUUCCCGCUUCUUAUCAACACCAAAGGUUGUGUCCUGAGCUGUCAGGUCUGAGAUGAGUGGUCAAAGUCCAGCUGUAGAUAAAGGAAUGAACACAAUCCUAGUCUGUCAGGAGAGCUACGCCUGUGGGGGCUCAGACGAGGCUGCGUUUGAGUGUGAUGAAUGCGGCAGCCUGCAGUGUGCCCGCUGUGAACUGGAGCUCCAUCGCCAGGAGCGGAUGCGGAAUCACGACCGGGUUCGGAUUGCACCGGGACACGUUCCUUUUUGUGACUCCUGUAAAGGUGACAGCAGCUGCUCUGCGAACGGCGGACGGCUCAGAGCUGUGGUGCGCUGCCAGGGUUGUAAGAUCAACCUGUGUUUGGAUUGCCAGAAACGUACCCACGGGGGGGUCAACAAGAGGAAGCACCCUCUGACCCCUUACCCUCCAGCCAAAGCUCCCCAGGACAACAGCGUUUCUGCUGGGGAGUCAGAGCUGGAGAUCUUGAAGGCCAAGCUGGAGAAGGUGUCCAGCUUCCUUUUGGUGGACGAGAAGGAGGAGAUGCAGGUGAAGGAUGAGGAGGAUUUUGUCAGACGACUGGGCUGCAGACCAGAUGAGCUCCUCAAGGUGGUCUCCAUCUUUGGGAACACUGGGGAGGGCAAGUCCCACACCCUGAACCAUACAUUUUUCCUCGGGAGAGAAGUGUUCAAGACCUCACCCACCCAGGAGUCCUGCACUGUGGGUGUUUGGGCAGCUAUGGACCCUGUGCACUGGGUUGUAGUAAUUGACACAGAGGGACUACUCGGGGCUGGAGCCAAUCAAGGUCAGCGAACCCGGCUGCUUCUCAAGGUCCUGGCUAUUUCUGAUGUAGUCAUCUACAGAACCCAUGCUGACCGUCUCCAUGACGAUCUCUUCAAGUUCCUCGGCGACGCAUCAGAUGCCUACUUGAAACACUUCACCAGGGAGUUGAAGGCGACGACCAGCCGCUGUGGUUUGGACGUCCCGUUGUCCACUCUGGGUCCUGCGGUGAUCAUCUUCCAUGAGACCGUCCACACCAAGCUACUAGGAUCAGACAAGCCAUCUGAGUCAGCUGAGCGUCUGCUGCAGGAUCGUUUCAGGAAGCUGGGUUUGUUCCCAGAAGCGUUCAGCUCCAUCCAGUACCGUGGAACACGGACCUACAACCCUCCCACAGACUUCAGCGGCCUACUGCGCAACCUGGAGCAACAGCUGGAUAACAACACCACCCGCUCGCCACGUUCUGCCAGUGUCAUCUACAAGGCUCUGCAGGCCUUGAGUGAGCGAUUCAGUGGGGAGAUUCCAGAUGAGUACAUGACCAGUAACUCCUUCUUUCCCGAUGAGUACUUUACCUGCUCGAGCAUCUGCCUCAGCUGUGGUUCAGGCUGUAAGAGAAGCAUGAAUCACCUUAAGGAGGGACUCGACCACGAAGCCAAACAUCGCUGCCGCUACUCUGCCCAGUAUGACAACCGCAUCUAUACCUGCAAGGCCUGCUAUGAGGGAGGGAAGGAGGUAAUAGUGGUUCCCAAAACGACGGCCUCAUCUGACUCACCAUGGUUUGGCUUGGCCAUCUACGCGUGGUCUGGGUAUGUAAUUGAGUGCCCCAACUGUGCAGUGAUCUACAGAAGCAGGCAGUACUGGUAUGGAAACCAGGACCCGGUGGAAACAGUGGUCAGAACAGAAAUCCAGCACAUCUGGCCUGGGUCUGAUGGUUUUCUGAAAGACAACAACAACGCUGCUCAGAGGCUGCUGGAUGGAGUGAAAUACAUUUCUCAGUCAGUGUCUGAACUCAGCGUUAAGCCUGCCAAAGCAGUCACCUCCUGGCUUACUGACCAGAUUGCUCCCGCCUACUGGAAACCCAACUCCCUUAUUCUGAAAUGCCAUAAAUGUGCAGAAGCGUUCCAGCCCAACGACACCAAGCACCACUGCCGUGCCUGUGGAGAGGGUUUCUGUGACGCCUGCUCCUCCAAAACCCGACCGGUCCCAGAGAGGGGCUGGGGCCUCGCACCCGUGCGAGUCUGCGAUGCAUGUUUCCACAAUAGAGGAAUACCAACUGAGUUGCUGGAUGCUGCUUUGGAGGAGGAAGGAGGCACCCUGAUAGCCAGGAAGGUUGGGGAGGCUGUUCAGAACACUUUAGGAGCUGUAGUUGGUGCUAUUGACAUACCUCUUGGCCUGGUGAAGGAUGCUGCUCGUCCAGCUUACUGGGUCCCAGAUCAGGAUAUCCACUCCUGCUGCGAGUGCCAGAGAGAGUUCUCCCCCCGUCUCUCCAUCCACCACUGUCGCGCCUGCGGCCAAGGCGUGUGCGACGACUGCUCCCAGGAGCGACGCCCCGUGCCCUCCCGUGGCUGGGAUCACCCCGUGAGGGUCUGUAACGGCUGCAACCAGAAACCCGGGGAUCUCUAGCAGGACCAGGACAGGGGGGUCAGGAGGGGGAACAGUUAAGAAACAGUUAAAGACAGCUAAGGACAGCGACUUCUAUGAAAACUGGAACUGACACCAUUUUGACUCUUGUCAACCCUAGUCAUUUUUAGUGGCUUUUCUCAGCUGCCACCUGUCUGUGGCAGGUUGGACUUUGUUUAUUGUUUUAUAACGCUGUCCUCAUUUCAUGUCAGCCCCUCAAUGCUAUUUCACUUUAAUAUGCCUAUAUUUUACACUGUGAGGAAUACCAGUCAGAGCAAGACUUGAAUAUCAAGAAGACAGGAGAGGUAAAGCAACUCAGAGAUGAUGAUGAAAGUGAGUAUUGUACAGUAUAUGCUUGCUUACAGUUCAGGUAAAUUUCCAUUUGCCCCUUCAGACCCUUUUCAAAUUUUUAUCAAUGCACAUGAAGCCCUUACCCCCUUGACAAUCCCUUCCCAGUUUGUCACACUAGUACUAUUAGCACCUUUUGUAGUCUGGGGCUACUUGUCUAAACCAUGUAAUCAUAGAAGUACUAACUGAUUCCAGGUAAGCACUUUUAGUCUAAGAUUGUUUCUGCAGGAGCCCUGGAUAUUACAUUCAGGACUGGCUUCAGAGGAAAUGCUGGGAAACCUGGAAAAUGAUCCACCACAAUAAAUUCUGAUCCGUGUUUGACUGGAUCCACUGUAAUUUUCCUCUACUCCAGCCCUGCUAGCUUUAGCUCUCUUGCCACGCUUUGGCUUCAGGAGGAUUACAACAAUCAGAAGCCACUGAUGUGCUGUAGCACCGAGAUGCAUUCCAACUUAUAUAAUUACUCAGUAAUAGCUACUUACAUAAUCCCUUGAUCCUUUGUGGUUGUUUGUGCUUUUGAAUGGGCAAAUGAUAAUAGAACAGCCUUAAUAAUGCUGUCCACAUUGACUGUUUAAAAUUUUACACAGGAUAUACAUAUAUGAGGGGAAAAAGAAAAGUUUACUUUAACAGGGAGAUUUUUAAAUGGCCUCGUUUUGUUUUUAAAAAUGUCAAAACUACUAUCCGUUAACAAGACAAAUCUGACUGCAGUGGGAUAAAAAUGCAACAGAAACUGCUUUUAUAGAGUGGCUGGCUCACAGUAGCAAUAUGGUACAGAGAGGACUUCAAACCAUCUUUUUGAGGCUGGCCCCUCAAAACAGGAGAUAAUUAGACGAGUAAUAAUCCUUUACUCUGUCGACUCAGGCUGUGUAGCCAGUUAGAGAGGAGCUUUUACUGAGCUGCAACACCAAGUGGGCGAUGUUUGAGAUCAUGACAAUAAUAUAAAUCCAACAUUUGAUGCAGUCAGGCUUUCUAUGGGACACCUAGGCAUUGUGAGGUCUGACUGUAUUGACAGUUGGAUUUUCAGUAACUGACAGGGAAAGCUGCUUUGAUCAUGAUGUCAACAAAUAAGCUGAAAUAACAGACUUUGACCUGAGCGAGUGAAACUAUCUCAUCAUCUCAGAGACGUUCAAUGAACACAGAUAUCACAUCGGAACAAAUCAAUACUUCAUGUUCAUGUAUACUCAUACAGUAUGUAUUAAACUGCAGAGACUCA